CGGCAGCGCUAUAUGCAUUUGUUAGGGCUGGAUGGUAAUUCGGGAUACCCUAGUUUUGCGGGCAUUGUGAAUUGCUUUGGGAUCGGGUUGGGAUAUACAUGGUUUUAUCGGACAGGGCGGGGGCCUAUUACUCAGUGCGUGAGGUAAUUAUGCUUCGCUUUUAUACUAACUUAAAGGUGAGUCUCAUAGUCUCAUUGUUCUGCAUAUUCCUAGGACCUGAUGCUCUCUGGAAUGAAUGGCAGGUUCUUAAGUGUCCUAAAAGACGUCGAGGCGAGUUCUGUUCUGUUAUGUCAACAUUGUGGCUCGCUUUCAUGCAACCCCCAGUUGGGGACCUGAUCUCCACAGACUUAGAGACCUCGUCGGAGGUGGUGUGCUUUAUUACUCGGUCGAUAUUACCCCGAGAUGCAUCUAGAGAUCCGCAACAUGCGAACGUCGCUACCUAAGAGCCAACUUUGCUCAGCAAACCACCAAUUUACCCAUCAAUCUAUACUACACCAAAGCCAUAGCACACCGGGACAAGAGCAUCUCAUUCCCUCC